UUCCUUGCGCUUUUCUUAUUCUCUUUUACAAUGUGCUACAUGUGACUGUGGGUAAACACCGGUGGUGACAUAUGAAAUGCCAAACAACAUUUUUGUACUGAACUGCAAUUAGUGGCAGUUAGUCUCUUCCUUGAGCCCCUCCCUCCCUUUCCGGGUUACAUCUACGGGCGACGCGCUGUUCUCUCCUCACCGAUACGCACACAUGCAUGUGCCAGUUACAGGAUGCAGCUCAGAGCGUGUUGUACUUCUUGACCCUCUAUAUGCUUUGGAUAACCAUGUGGCAAAUUAAAUCUCGGACUGCGAUUAAUGCUUCAAGUGGAGUUUGUCAACAGAUUUCGCACCAGUCGUGCGUAAAAAUUGAAAUGGCACAUUUCUCCUGAUGUCGGGUGUGACUUGGUGAAGCGGUUUGCCAGGCGUUUGGCGGACCGGUACCCGCGUAUGGAGCAAGAAUGAAUAAAGGAUGUUCAUUGCUGAGACUGAGAAGAAAGUUCUUUCCUUCACUCCUGUCACUGCUGACUCUGUGUGCCUUGCUAUUAAUCAGAGUGAAGUACAUCAACGAAACAGAACCUUCCCCGGCAGUUCAAGAUGACAUCCAGACAUUCAACAAAUACAAUAUUAACUGUUUGGCUAUAUAUGACAUGGACCCAGUGGAGGUGGGUAAAUCGCUGAUCAUCAGAAAGAAUCAGGUGGUGGAGGACAAGGGUGAAAGCCUGGUUAACCUCACCUCAAACUGCCCGCUGUUCAUCAAGUCCAGGGGUUACGAUGACGUGUGUGUCUCAGAGGAGGAGAAAGACUUUCCUCUUGCUUACUCUCUGGUUGUGCAUAAAUCUGCAUGGAUGGUAGAGAGACUCAUCAAAGCGCUGUACUCGCCCAGCAAUAUCUAUUGUCUCCACUAUGAUCAAAAGUCUUCAGCUCAGUUCAUCGCAGCCAUGGAGGGUUUAGCCCGCUGUUUGCCCAAUGUCUUCAUUGCCUCCAAGCGAGAGAAUGUCUUUUAUGCGAGCGUCAGUCGAUUGAAAGCUGAUCUCAACUGUCUGUCCGACCUGUUGGGGUCAGAAGUCAAGUGGAAGUACGUCAUCAACCUCUGUGGUCAGGAUUUCCCCCUCAAGUCUAACAUCGAGCUUGUGUCAGAACUGAAGAAGUUAAAGGGAGCUAAUAUGCUGGAGACAAGCCGCCCCACUGAUUCCAAGAAGCAGAGGUUCACCUUUCACUACGAGCUGAGAGAUGCCAGCUUUGAAUAUCAGAAACUCCCAGUGAAAACGGAGCAGGUGAAGCCACCGCCACCACACGGUAUCGAGAUGUUCAUCGGGAACGCCUACUUUGUCUUGUCACGGGACUUCGUGGUGCACAUAGACUCCUCGGUGGUGGUGAAAGAUUUUCUGGCCUGGUCAGAGGACACUUACUCCCCAGAUGAACACUUCUGGGCUACACUUGUGAGACUGGAAGGUGUACCCGGUGGGGUGCACAGAUCCCAGCCUGAUAUCACUGACCUGAUGAGUAAGACCAGGCUGGUGAAGUGGCAAUACCUGGAGGAGAACCUAUACCCACCAUGCUCAGGGGAACACGUUCGCAGCGUUUGUAUUUUUGGGGCAGCCGAACUGCAUUGGUUACUCAACUAUGGGCACUGGUUCGCCAAUAAGUUUGACCCCAAAGUGGACCCCAUUCUCAUUCAGUGCCUUGAGGAGAAGCUGGAGGAAAAACAAAGAUUAUUCCAGUCAGUGGCAUCUAAUACAUGUCGUAAGGGUUAACCCAGGGCUGCAGUAUACUGUACCGUCGAUCAGCAGAAAAUGAAUCUGCAACAAUCUUAAUAAUGGUUUAAAGGUUCCUUAUGUAAUGUGAGUUAAGAGAGGCAUUUUUACGUGUUGUUUUUUUUAUUCAUCACGUUUUAUUGACAAAGAGUCUUUCCCAACUUUCUCAGUUUAUUUGGCUUAACAUUAGUUCGCUUGCUAACGUAGUUUUCUGCAGUUUUAUAAAGCAAACAAUUGAUUGAUAAUGAAAAUAAUCACUAGUAGCAGGCAACCAAUGAUCCAAAAUGUUCUCGAUAGUUUGAGAGAAUUUGGAAAUUUUUUCUUCAGAUAUCAAUUGAUCAAUUAUCAAAAUAGUUGCUGAUUAAUUUAAUGGUUGAAUGGUUGAAUCAUACCAGCUAUGCAGGCUAAUAUUUAGUAGCAAAACUGUGUUUAUUAACACAUUAUAUAAAUAAUUUAUUUUCUACUGACAUUCAGUCUCCCUUCAGCCAGUUUCAGAGGCUUCCAGCAUUUUCUAUCAUAAAUACCUGUCACCUUAAAGGGUCAGUUGUCAACACAUCCUCACUUACCUCCAGUGGUGCGUGUAGGCAUAGCUACGCACAUUUUGGUUGAUUUGAGCAGAUGUUGAGAAAUUCGGUGAGUGUAAUUUUAUAUGUGGCGCUCACAGCAAUUACAAAUGUCUCUAAAAAAAUUCAUCAGCAAUGUGUCUUUCCAUAAACAGUGUUACUCAGGACGAUCCAGACAGCUAACUGUGGACACUAUUCAUCAGAAGAAAAAAACACAUUUUAUAUCCAGUUCUUCUGAUGUAUUUGUUUAGUUAGUGUACAGUUUUAGGAGUAUCUAAACUAAAAUGUUACUAUAAAUAAUGAUAUGAUGUAUGUGUGUGUGCGCCAAAUGUAAUGUAAACUGAAGAAUGUAUUGUUUGCUUUGGUAUGAUGUAGUACAUCAAGAAACAGAAAAAAACACAGAAACAGGCAGUGAUGAAUGAAUGGGUUUAGGAAAUGGGAGACAACUGUAGCUGGUGGAUGGUGACAAUUCAAAAGAAACAAUGCAUACACACCAUAAAGAUAUAUUGUGGUAUUUAUUCAUUACAUUUAGCUUACAAGCUGUACUAAAAAAACUGUUGGGGACAAAGAUUGGUGAGCUAUUUUAGAGAAACUGCUCCGGUUUAACGUCACUCAGUGUUUCCUGUAAUAGUGUUAAAGUAACAAUAGUACUAAAUUAGCUGUUUCUUUAUUGAAAGGGGGAAAUUCAAGUUCAGCACUGGGGAAUGUAGUGCGAUGAGUGAGAAAAUAUAGUAAAAUAUAAAAAAUAAAAUCCAACAAUACAAUGAAAUAAAGCCGGUGCAGAAGCAAUGGCCUUGCAGUGAGAACUGUUGGGGAUGAGUGAACUACAUGGAAUUAAAGCAGUAGUUUAUUUAUGUUUUGCAGUAGCUUGCUGGUAAUUCUUACACAGUGAUGGAAUAUUUUAUUUAUUUUACUUUACCAUUGCUUCUCUAACUGACAUUCCUUUUACUUUCCCAUGGAAAGUAAUGCACUAUUUUGUAUUAUUUAGUAUCACAUUACCAUAUUUCUUACAAAGUAGUUUGAAGUACUUUUUCUAAGUAUCUACAGUUAACCAAACUUCAGACUUCUCCCUAGGGUAGCUUUGCUUUAGUUCAACUUCUUCCAGUCUGCUUCCAAAGCUAAGCUUUCAAAGUAGCAUCCCCAACACUUUAGCCACCUGAAAAAAAUCAAUAUCAGUUUAAGUGUAUGCUAUGUUUAGUAUAUUUUCACCACUUUACCUUGCCUGCGCAGAGCCCUUUCAUACAGGAAACUCAACUAGAUUCAUCUAUGCUCUCUGCAAAGCCACCAGACUAAAGACCACCAGAUAGAAACGCAGACCGCCAUCUAUUGUAGAAUAAAGUACCUCAUACAAUCACACUUCAAAAACCCUGAACCAUCCCUUCCUGACAUGUUUUAAGACAUAUAAAAAUACUCUGUUCUGAAUAAAAACUUGUGUCUGA